GCUGUCAAACAUUCACAAAAACUACGAAAGUGGCUUGAAUUCGUAAAAAAUGACAAUCUUUGUCUAAUAUAAAUAAAUAACAACAUUAUUUUGUGAUGGAUUUCAAUGAAAAUGUAUAUUGCAGGCUCUGUGCCGAGUUAAAGCCUCACAGCAAACUGCUAAAUCUUCAAAAUGACGCGGACAAAUAUCUCGAUAUUGUCAAUAAAUUGUCUCGAUUCAAUGUGCAAAUGGAUUUCAACGACGAAAUAUUACCAAAAACAACUUGUUUCUCUUGUGUUAAUGCGUUAAAUAAUGCCUUUGAUUUCGUGACUGGAGUAGAGCUGGCUCAAUCAACUCUAAACGAUGUUAUUUUAAAGAAACAAAUAAAAAAAGAGGAGACACUAUCAGACGCAGAAACCUAUGUAAUUUAUGAACCUCCAGAAACAGAAACUUAUGAAUCAGAUAUUACUAUUAAAGUUGAAUCGGACAACCAGCAGUGUACUAGCCAAACAGAAGUAAAUGAAAGUCCAAAUACAGUCAGAAAUAAAAAAGUAAAGAAAAUGUGCUAUAGUUUAGAUGCAUUACCUUUAUCAGAGUUGAAAUUAACUUGGGAGAACUUUACCUGGCAAUGUGGAUUUUGUGAAACUCAGUUCCCUACUAUAGAUGAGUUACAAAGUCAUUCUAUGCAGUACCACAGUGUCUGUAAUGCAUUUUACUGCAUGGACUGCAAAACGAGGAAGCUACGUCUCGACAACUUCUUAGUGCAUGUAAAACGGCACCGAAAUUAUUUAAAAUUCUCUUGUUACAAAUGUACCAUAAAAUUCCCAAGAUUAUUUGAGGCCAGCAAACACAAAGAUGCACAUAAAACAUCUGAUCACAUAUGUUCUGGAUGCAACAUGUGUUUCGAAAAUGAGGAGGAAUUAAAUAAACAUGUCAUAACUUACCUGAAAGGGUUACGAGGUGAACUGUCACCUGAACAGAAGUUGAACAGUGAUAGUCUAACAUGCACAAUUUGUGAGAGAACAUGCAAAAGUAAAAAUAGCUUGUCCUCGCAUAUGCUAACACAUACGGACAGGAAGAAAACCUACACUUGUGAGAUUUGCGGUAAAGGUUUCUUCCUUAAAGGGUCUUUAGCCAAUCACAUGAUUCAACAUUCGGACGCAAGACCACAUCAAUGUGAAAUAUGCAAGUUAACUUUUAAAACUCCAAGGUGUUUACGUAAUCAUGCUGGUGUACAUGAUGGAGGGAAACCGUAUUCUUGUGACAAAUGUGGACGAUGCUUUAGACUAAAAUCUCAGUUAAGGAACCACUUGAUAGUCCACACUGACUCACUGCCUUUUUUGUGUACGUACUGCAGUAAACGUUUCCGUUUCAAAUCAAUACUCAAUCAACAUGUGCGCCAACACACUGGGGUUAAACCAUAUUCUUGUACUAUCUGUCAAAGGGACUUUACAAACUGGCCUAAUUUUAAUAAGCACAUGAAACGUAGACAUGGUACGGACAUGGCAAAGAAGAAACAUACCUCGGUAGGUACAUAUCCUAUUGACCCUGUGACGGGACAGAUUAUGUAUCCAGAGGAGGAGAAACUGAAUGAAUGGAAGAAGAAAAUGAUGGAUUACAAAAGAGUAAGAAAACCGAGGGAUAAUGUUAAGCCAACUGACUUACAAACAGCAAAUAAUGAAGUAAGUUUAAUAAAUAAUCAGAUAGAAAAUUGAUGUACAAUUAGAUAUUAUCUAUGUUAGUAAGUUUUUCCUUAUUGAAAUUGAAAUAUAAAGAUCCGGGUCUGAAAAAAAUAGAUAAUAUUUAUGUGGUUAUACUUAUUGUGGUGCUUUAAGUGCAAUUUAGUUGAAGAAUUUUGCAAAUGAAUGCAAUUAAAUGAAAGUGAGUUUGUAAAAAUAUUGAACUUAGUUUAUUGUCUACUGUUAUUGUAAUAAUGGAAGUUUAACUGUUGAACUUAUAGCAAUCAUUCCAGUUUUUAUUUAUCUCUUUAUUGUAUCAGAAAUUAAAAUAUUUUUAAAAUAGUAAGCAAAGCGAAUUCUUAUUGCCUCUAAGGAUACUCCAUUAUGCGUUACGAAUCGACGAACAAUGGGUACUCGACUAGUUUCAAGUUGAACCAGGAGCCCAUAAUCAUAAGCAGGUUGCGCAACAAUCAAUAUGACCAGUGCAUAAUAUUUUUCCCUCAAUUUUAAUUUAGUAUGGUAAUAAAAUCGGGAACCUGUUGCCUGUUGAGUUGAAAAGAUUUUUUUUUUCCGUAUUUUUUUAAACCAAUAUCUAUGUAGUUAUAUUAAGCUUUGCCUUCUGAACUAAGCGAUGCAUGUAUCUCAGAAGUCAGAACGCAGUUAAAAUAAAGUAGCAGCUACACUUUAUUUAUUUAUCUAUGUUAGCGCAACUGUAUCUGUAUUUAGGUACCAAAUUGUUGACUAGACUAGAUAUUGUUUCGUGGUGCAAUACUUAAUUGUUA